UUCGAGCACCAAAUUUUUUGGAAGCUUUACAGCUCGACUCCCUCAUCCGGGCCUGUGUGUGUGUGAGAGGCGGUCGGAGCCCCUGUGUUCAGCUGUCCGUCGGCGGUGUUUAACUGGCAACAGUCGUGCGAAAUGUCCGGAGUGAAGAAGCCUCGUACGGAUCUCAACAGGGCAACCAAUGUGGUGUACCAGGCCCACCAUGUUAGUCGGAGCAAGAGAGGGCAGGUCGUGGGCACCAGGGGAGGCUUUAGAGGCUGUACCAUCUGGCUCACAGGUUUGUCAGGUGCCGGGAAGACUACCAUCAGUUUUGCCCUGGAGGAGUUCCUCGUGUCUCACGCCAUCCCUUGCUACUCGCUAGACGGAGACAACAUCCGCCACGGCCUGAACAAGAACCUGGGCUUCACUGCAGAAGACCGCGAGGAGAACAUCCGGCGUGUCGCUGAGGUGGCCAAACUGUUUGCAGAUGCUGGGCUGGUGUGCGUCACCAGUUUUAUCUCUCCUUUCAGCAAGGAUCGUGCUGAGGCGAAGAAGAUCCACGCGAGCGCCGGGCUGCCAUUUUUCGAGGUGUUUGUCCACGCACCUCUUGAGUUGUGUGAGAGCAGGGAUGUAAAAGGACUUUACAAGAAAGCUCGUGCCGGAGAGAUCAAAGGUUUCACUGGGAUUGACUCCGAUUAUGAGCGUCCUGAGGCGCCAGACCUCGUGCUGAAAACUGGAGAGCUCACAGUGAACGAGUGCCUCAAUCAGGUGUUGGAGCUGCUCAAGGAGCAGAAUAUUGUACCAGGCGAGAUUAUGGAGGAGGUGAAUGAACUCUUUGUUCCGGAGAACAAGCUGAACCUCUUUUUGGCUAGAGCACACCAUCUUCCCACCAUCAACAUCACCAAGUUAGAUCUACAGUGGGUGCAGAUCUUGUCAGAAGGCUGGGCUAGUCCUUUGAAGGGAUUCAUGAGAGAGAGAGAGUUCCUCCAGGUCAUACACUUCGGUAAUCUGCUGGAUGGCGGGGCCAUCAACUUGUCUGUUCCCAUCGUCCUACCUGUGAGUGCCGAGACCAAGCAGGAGCUGGAGGGCUGCGCGGCCAUAGCUCUGGUGUACCAGGGUGCGCGUGUAGCUAUUCUCAGGAACCCAGAGUUCUACCAACACCACAAGGAAGAACGCUGUGCCAGACAGUGGGGCACCACUUGCCCACAGCACCCUUACAUUAAGAUGGUUAUGGAAGGAGGUGAUUGGCUGGUAGGAGGUGACCUGGAUGUGCUGGAGCGAAUCAAAUGGAACGAUGGACUCGACCAGUACCGCCUCACUCCACUGGAGCUCAAGCAGAAGUUUAAAGAUAUGAAAGCAGAUGCGGUAUUCGCAUUCCAGCUGCGUAACCCCGUCCACAAUGGUCACGCCCUGCUGAUGCAGGACACCAAGCGUCGUCUACUGGAGCGAGGCUACAAGAAUCCAGUCCUCCUGCUGCACCCGCUUGGCGGCUGGACCAAAGAUGACGAUGUGCCCCUGGACUGGCGGAUGAAGCAGCAUGCUGCGGUCCUGGAGGAUGGCGUCCUGGAUCCAGCCAGCACCAUUGUUGCCAUCUUUCCCUCACCCAUGAUGUAUGCUGGACCCACAGAGGUUCAGUGGCACUGUCGAGCUAGAAUGAUCGCCGGAGCAAACUUCUACAUUGUUGGCCGAGACCCUGCAGGCAUGCCCCACCCUGAGACCAAGCAGGACCUAUAUGACCCCACCCACGGAGGAAAGGUCCUCACCAUGGCCCCGGGCCUCACCUCUGUGGAGAUCAUCCCCUUCAGGGUCGCUGCCUACAACAAGACAAAGAAGGCUAUGGACUUUUACGACAAGGAGCGACAUGCUGAGUUUGAGUUCAUCUCUGGAACCAAGAUGAGGAACAUGGCUCGCAGCGGAGAGAACCCUCCAGAUGGUUUCAUGGCCCCCAAGGCCUGGGAGGUGUUGGUCCAGUACUAUUCCUCUCUGCAGAAGAACGAGUAAUCGACGCCCAGCUCACCAGUGGAAAGCAUCGGUUCUUAAAGGGCGUUAAAUAUACACCCUCCCCUCCUGGAGUGUUUUCGAUAGAUUCUUGUUUCAUCAAAUACAAAAAUACUCAUUUAGAUUGCUACAAAUAAUGAGUCAUUCCUGCAGGGGUGGGUGUAUUUUUAACAAAUCACCAAAUCAAAAUGACUAGUCUUAAACAGUGGAAGCAGACAACUACGUGAUUUAUAAACCCAUUGUAUGUUUAUAUGCAUAUUAACUUAAGCUAUGUAUUUUAAUAAAUUAAAGGUAACUUGAGAUUCUUCUUUUUUAUUUUUAAAUUUAGGAGCACUUCCCAAGGCAGGUAAAUCAUUUUUUGAUAUUUACAUGUAAUAUCUGAAGGAUGCAUGACGAAAAAACCAUGUCGAUUUCACUUUUUAUAGCAUUUUAUGACAUUAUAUAUUAUAUAUAUCACUGUCCGUCCUGUUAUUUGUGCAACCUGAAUGAAAGUUACUUGCAGUUUCAUCACUACCGUCAGUGCCUAUUUGUUGUACAUGUAUGGAUGGUAAUUAAUUCAUCAUGGUAAUGUUAUAUAUUGUUGUGAAAUGCAACAUAGAUUUUUUUUAUAAUGUGAAAGUGCCUUUCUCUCAAAUGUCGAAACAGAAAUUGUUUAGCUGGCGUUUGGUUGAAAUGUCUCAGAGAUUUGUGUGAUUUUACAGACUGGGCAUGUGCAUUCAUGGAAUAAAGACCUGCAGUUUUAGGAAGACAAAUGUAGCAAUAAAGAUGCUUAUUUGUUUUA